CAUGAUAUGUAUCUAUAAGUUAUAAAAAGUAAAGUAUGUACUUACUAUAAUAUAAAUAUAAUAAAAUAUAUCUAUAUACUCUGUAGUGUGUACAUAGAAUUAUUUCUGUUUUCUACUAUAUUUCGAUAUAUUUCUAUUUUCUGCAGUUUACGGGGCUGGAUAAAUGGUUAUAAUGAGGUUAUCGAGUACAAGUGCAACUGCUGUAAACUGUAGCGCAUUAAUUUAUUGGUUUUUGCUUUCACUGUGUCACAUAAGAUUUUCUAGCAUUAGUUGAAUUAAUUUUUAUUGUCACGUAUUAAUUUAAUUUUAUUAUUGUUACACUUUAAUUAAGAUUGCACUUCGGUGUUCCUCGUGAGUCAUGACUCUCCGAAUAGUUUUAGGUAGUAACCAGAUUUUGUUAUCAGGACAGAAAGUUUCUCAAGUCUUUAGAUUUUAGAAGAUCUGACAACUAUGACAAUUAAAUUGGGAUUAAACUAUAUAUAUGUUUUUAAUAUACGAGUAUAGAUAUAGAAUAAUAGAUAUAAAUAGAUACGAGGUACAUUAGCAUCGGGUUAGAGCUUGUGCUUUACAAUCGCCGUUCACAUAUGCAACUACAUAUUCAUAUUUUAUUCAUAAUUUGUUAUCAUUCAGAAAAAAAGGAUUAAUCAAUAUUCAGUUUUAAAAGGAAGUGUGAUAGCCUGGUCACGGUUCUUAGUUCGUACUAUGUCAUAAAUAAUUAUCAUUAAAUUUUGUUUUGAUGGUAUGCUACACCUCACCAGUCAGCCCACGAGUCCACACCUCUUUUAGGCGUACAAGAUCUGGCACGCUGAAAAUUCCACCCGGUGUGCAUGGUGGCGACUGGCGAUUGAUUAUACGGAUGUCGCGUUAGUUGUGACUUGUAAAACUCCGUCCCUGAAGAAAGCGAUCAGUAUGGGCAAGCAUAGAAACCGCCAGGAGCCCGUAAACUCCAACGUCAGCUCAUCUGUUGGCUUCAUUCCCGUUCCGGCAUCCAAAGCCGCAAAGGCGGCUUCCCUUCCCGCCCGAAUCUCCAAAGAGCUGAACCCAAAACCCGACGAUAAAGAUGACAGUUCUACAAUGGGAUCAACCGAUGAUUUAAGCCGCAGCGAUAGUGUCGACAAUGGCGACGGCCCGAGACGCUCCAAUCUAACCAAUUCCCAGCGCCGCAGAAUUAAUCGUAAAGGAAAGUCCAAAUCUGUUGAAUCAGUGGAAGGGGACAGUCCAUCACCGACACCAGCGGAAUCUUUGCCGUCCGUUGAAUCGGCCGCAGUCGUUGAGAAAAACGACAGUGCAGUGUCCUCACCACCGCAGCCCUCACCGUCGCCGACUCCACUGGUUGUGGAACAGGACAUCAAACGAUCCACGGGAAUCUCACUGACCGAGCCAUCGUCAAGCGGUUCUGCGAUUUCAUUUGCCGACGGAAAGCCGCCGGUUGCCAAACAGGGAAGCUCACCCGUUCCCAAGAAGAAGAAAAGCAAGCGAUCUCCGAUUCCUCCGAUGGCUUCUGCUGGUGCUGGUGCGGGUGAUCAUUUAGCCAACUUGCCUCCCGUGGCGUUUCCAGAGGCUCACUCGGUGAAUAUCACUCCCGUCGUUGCUUCAGAUGAUCGCUCGAUGUCGGAUAAUCCACCUCCUGUCGUAAUCGUUUCGACCGACACAUGUCAGUCCUCUCUCCAGUUCGAGGAUCAUAAGGUCACUACUGCACCCGGCUACAAAGAAGAAUGGGAAAAAGCCGUAGGGGAGCUGCAACAGGCGGUUGCCGACAAUCAGCGGGCUAACGACGAUCUCCGUAGUGCAAAGUUGGAAGUGCACGACCUUAAGGUUGCCAUUGCUGCUCACGAGCAGCACGAACGAAAAUUGGCGGCUGAAUUGGAAUCGCAGUCGGCAGUGAUCAGCGCUCUGGAAGUCGAAAAGAGCCGAGCGACAGAAUUGGAGCAACAGUUAAUGGAUUUGCGCCAGCAGUCAGCUGAAAAGUACGCCCUUCUCAAAAUGGAUGCCGCUAAUUUGGAUACAAUCCGUCAGAAAGUAGUCACUUUAGAAUCGGAUCUGGAUUCGGCCAAGAAGGACGUACAGGCGAAAACUGUACUAGUGCGGGAGAUGGAAAAGGAGAAGAAAACGGCCAUCUCGGAGAAAGAGUCGCUGCAGUCUGAAGUUGGACAGUUAAAAAAUGCUCUGGCAGAGCUGGAAUUUGUGACAAACGUAAAAGAAACACUGCAGCAAGAGACAGUUGAUUUAACGAAUAAGCUGUUGCUUAGCCAAAAGGAACUUGAAGAACUGAAAAAUCACACGGUUCUGCAACAGGAGGCGUUAGUAAAAAGCGCCGUUGUUGAUAGUACAGAGGUGGAAUCGCUGCGACAAGAGCUGAAACUUUCGCCGAGCGAACUGGAAGAAGAACGCGCUUUGCUGGAAAAGCUGAAAGCGGCGCGCAUCACACUGGAAGAAGAAAAUCGCGCCCUGAUGGCCAAGCUGACAACAUCCACGGAAGAAAUGCAGCAGUUGAAACGAAAACAGCAUGACCUGCAGGAGCAGUUUGACGGGAUGGUUAUUAAAUGUCAUCAGAUUGACGAGCUAAAACGGAGUAAUGAAAGUAUGGAGAAAAUCAUCGGGGAGCUCCGCCAAAACAAUGAAAAAACGGAAGAACAACUGAGAAAGCUGUCCCGAGAUGUCGCUGAAUUGCCGACACUGCGAGAAAAUAUCACCGCUAGCGAAGCACUUCUGAAGCAAAAAGAGGAUGAUCUGCAUGUCAUCUCUGAAAAGUUUUAUAAAACCGAAAAGGCAUUGCAGCGGCAAGUACUGGUCAAUGAGCAGUUGCGUGGUCAGGCUGGGACACCCACUAUGAUUGGUGGCAGCAUUCUGGAAAAACUCAUUAAUGAUCCGGCAUUAAACACCCCGGAGAGCAGCCCACCGCGCGUAGAGUCCAGAAAGGAUUAUAAAGGUGAAGAUUUGGCCUCUGCAUCGUUUAACGUUGAUGAUGUCGAAGACCCAUGGAUCAAUGCGCCUGAAACAUUUCGUACUGUGCAAAUCGAGGGUAGUCCGCGACAGAUUACGGAAGAGCGCCACAUCAGUGCUCCAAUGAAGGAAGUUGAUGCUUUUGGGAUGCCCGGCUUCAAACAGGGGGCUGAUGUGACGGAUGAUCUGAAUAAGAACGCUAACAAUUCCUCAGCCAACGCGUCGCCCAUGAUUGAUGUCCGUCUCCCAAACGGAAGUUCAACUAGUAAUGCCCCGACAGCGAAUGGUAUCUCAAACGGGACCGCAGCUGACAACGAGCCCAACGGACCACAGCCCUGGCAGCCGACAGAAUCGGACGUUCCGAAACCGCGAAAGCUACCAUUGUCUGACAAUGCUUCCUUCCCCUAUAGCGUCGAGGUUGCUGCAUCAUUGCCUGAAUGCCGGAAAGGAGAUGAGGGAGUGGCGGUGAUGCCAAAAACCAAAGCCUUGAUUAGCGAUGACCAGUCACGGAAUUCUAGUAGUAUUUCUGGUCAGUCUUCAGAUUCACUGAAACUUUAUUUUUCUUGCGGGGCAUCGUUUCUUGUGGGAGCAGUAGCCACAUUUCUUGUGAUUAGAAGUCCCCGAUUCUGAUUUACCGUCUUCGACGAUCUUACUUGGCACUGUUUUGCAGUCGUCUGUAGGUCGAAAUUUUUCGUUUGCUGUUAGUUGUACGUUGAACUAAUCGGUUCUGAGUUUUGACGAUUGUAAUCAAGAAAUGAAACUGCUUCUCAUACCGUUUUGUUUGUGU